UUUGGAGGCCAUGUUGAAAACUUGAGAGAUAGCUUGAAAAAGUGUCGAUUUUUUCUUUUUGUUUGGGUAUGAAAAGUAAUUGAUUUAGAAAAAUAGUUUUCGAUUAGGUAGACAAAAAAGUCAAAAUUAAGAAUGGGAUCUGAUUUCAUUGGAUGUAUUGUCUCUCUGGACUGUGGUGAAACCCUUGGGACAUACCAGGGCCAGCUCAAGUCUGUCAAUAACAAAGCACAAACACUCACUAUCUUUAAAGCUUAUAGGAAUGGACUGAAGUGUGAGGUACAGAAUAUUACACUCAAUGCUUCAGACAUUAAAGAGCUUAAAAUUCUGCAGUCACCUACUGAGGCUGCAGUUAUUGUAUCGAAGGAGGCCACGCCCUCUAAACUUUCCCCUGAAAACAGUGAUGGGGAGGGAUGUCCAUCCCCAGUCAAGGUGUGUGAACUUCCGUUUGCAAAUGGACAUGGUGGUCAAAAUGGCUACUCUCAACGACCUGGUUUAGCCAGGGAUGUUAACAGUAAUUGUUAUAAAAACUAUAAUGGCGGUGAUAGAUACAGCCCCAGGUUCUCACAGCAGGCGAAUGGGGCUGGUCAGAGACAUUCACCUAAUGUGCUGGGUAAUGGGUAUGCUAGUACAAACGGACAGACUGGUGGACAGAGGUACACCCCAACAAAUGAAGGUAGAAAUGUACGUUUUACACCCACCAAGGAAGAAUCCCAGAUGAGGCCAAGAAGGAAUUCUGCCUCAGAUGUCCGCAAAAAGUCCACCACACCCAAGAAAAUUGAGUUCCGCAAUAACAAAAAGCAGGGGAUGUCAAGAGAAGACUGCUUUAGCUGUCCAAGUGAUUCAGUGCUUCAGGAAUUUGACUUUGAGUCUAAUUUGGCUCUAUUUGAUAAGAAGGCUGUGUUUGAAGAGAUUGAAAACACCCACCCAAGAGCAGUAAACCCAGCUGAAUCCAAGAAGCCGCUUAAAUAUAGAUGUGAUGAAAAUGUUCUUGCAUCAGAACCAGUAGUGCUACAACAGAUUAAAGUGCCCAUGGGUCACAGCAAUGCCAAACAAUUUGUAACUGAUGAAGGCUUGGUGGUACCUAGUAUCUCGUACGAUUUGAGAUGUCGUCUUUUUGCGACGGCAGAGAAACACGGAUUUAAGACAGACCGCCAAGUAGAAAUGGUAGGACGGUCUGCCAGUGAGAUGGUACUUCAGUUGCUUGGCGGGUCUAACAGGUUGAAUCCCAAGAAUGGUCACCAGUUGCCCACCGUAGUUGUGCUGUGUGGUCCCCACAUCCAGGGCGCCCAGGGAGUAAGCUGUGCGCGCCAGUUAUCCAAUCACAAUGUCAAGGUACAUUUAUUUGUACCAAGUUGCGUCCAGAUGAUCCGUGCCAUGGAGGAUGAGUUGUCGCUAUUCGCCUUGUGUGAUGCCAAAAGGACUUCCAGUCCUACAGAUCUUCCAGUUGGUUCUAUUGACAUGAUAAUCAAUGCCAUGGACAGCCAUGAACACACCAGCCUGCGGGAUCAGGCCUGGUACAAACUGCUUGAAUGUUGGUCAGGACAGAACAGGGCCCCAGUGCUGGCACUGGACCCGCCCGUCAACUGUGGCAAUGUCGCAUUUAAGUGGUGUCUCAGCAUCUCUCUCCCCCUCCCUCUCCUGGGAAACUGUGCUCAGGUCUACCUCUGCGACCUCGGAUUUCCAAAGAAAGUCUUCAAUGAAGUCGGCAUUCGCUACAUCUCGCCAUUCAGUCACAAGUUUGUCAUCCCUCUGCACAUCAGGCAGUAAACUAAAGGUUUGAACAAAGUGUUAGUCAAGCUUUGAAAUGUCUGCAAAAUUUGACAGAAAUCAUUACAAUGAUGUAGCUGUGCUUGGCUGUAACACUUGCCAGGAAAUGCAAAUGAGGAUAUUCUGAUCAGAAUUGCUUUAUAUCAUACAGCGACUAGAAUUUUUUGUUUGUGUCAGCAAAUUUAUAUCAAACACUAUAUAUCUAUGAUGCAGUAUGAGAAUUGUAUUGAUUGUAGAAGAAAGAGAACAAUAUUGCGAAAAUUUCAGGAAAAGACUUGACAACAAAAUGUUUAAAACCAGAACAUUGUGACCUGAUGAUUAAUCACCAUGUUUCUUACCUCCUAGGUUUGUUAAUAUAACUGAUAGGUAAGGUAAUUAUAGUCAAACUUACAACUCUGUUGAACGGAUGACGUGGUGCAAAGGAAAGACGUAGUGAUGUCCGACCAAGAGACGCUAUAGACUUGAAUGUUGUCACUAAAGUGCAUAUCAUGUAAUCAUGACAAUUUGUGUGGUGGAACAUAUCAGAGGGAAGUUCUCAGUAUGACUUGGUUUUACAUAUACUGAAAGUUUUUAUCCCUACAUUGCAUAAUUGCCGAAAUCUUAUCAAAAGGAAGUUAAGUCCAUUUGGAAAAGGUAGGGAUAUUAAAAGUUGUGUGUAGCUGCCUGCGAUAUAUUUCUUAACAAUUGUAAACAUUUUCAUCCCUAAAAAUGACAAAGAAAUAACUAAAUCUGUUAUAACGAAGGCUAUAUGCCAUCUUAGGGAUGAAAAUGCUGAUGUUUUAUUUUCCCAACCUUACUUCCAUACAAACCAUAAAUGCUGGGCUCGAAUUAAAGGAUAGUAGAGUCCACUUUAGGAUUGUCUGGUAGGGCAGGUGUUCCUUGCUUGUAAAGACAAUGAUUUGAUCUCAUUGAUUUCAUUGGAGAAUGUGCAAUACAUCAUGUUAUUUUAUCAUGGAGUGAGAAUGAUUGCAGCCCUCUGUGGGGCUAAAGGCAGCUUCCAAUAACAAACGGACCAGUCCUGAUCCGUAUUGUAGAUAAUGACAUACAUUUAGAUAUAUCUCUAUUAUUAUGACCUUGAAGAAUUUCAUAUGUUAAAUAGCUUGGAAUCAUUUUAAUUCAAGGAAAAUUAGACUUUCUUGAUUAUUGGUCAGAAGAUUUCAAUUUAUUUUCUUGAAAAAAAUCAUUCUUGAUGAAGAAUAGACUGCUCAGGUGCUAUAGGUAAUAGCACACGAUUCUUCGUUUCUGUGAUGAAUUUCAUUGGAUGUCAGUAAGGUUUUAUUUUCAGAUGUUUCUGUAUGAAUCCAUCAUCUUAGAUUCGUGGUUCAGUUCCUGUUUUCCAGUGUUUGGGGUUUUCUGUGAUCUGAGAACUGUGAUUUCAAGUCUCACCAAUUUUUAACAUUGUUGUUCAGUUCUCAACUUGUCUACCUUACUUUGAUACCAGUUAAGUAAUGAUUAUAAACAUAUCUGGUUACCUUCGCAUUCUAUUACACUAUUGAUUCUAUAAGAAUAGUUUUAAGAUCUUUGUUGCUAUAAUUUUAAUGAAGUGUCAUGUUGAAUCAAAUCUUAGGGAUACUUGGAAGGAAUGUUCUAACAUAUUUUAUGGUUUGAAAAUAAAGACAAUUUUUCUGGUUAAAGUUAGACACCCAAUUUUAGCAUAAUUUCUCAGUAACAGAAUUCAUGACUUUUGAUAUUACAGAUAUGGUCUAGAAUGUAAAAAGAUUUAGCAAUACCCAUUGAACCAAGCUAGGGAAGAUGUUUUAAUUACUUGAUUCCAUGAAAGAAAUAUUUUGACAAGAAAUAUAUAGAGAUAAAUCGUCUGAAAAAUAGUAUUGUAUAAUAUGGUACGGGUAUGUCGAACAGAAUAACAAAAGUUUUAUUUUCUUUUAUACUUUCUUGAAAUGAAUUUAAAAAAAAAACCUGUAUGGACACAAAAUGUUAGAAUUCAGAGUAUUUUAAUGUAAAUGUUCUGUGAUAAAUUUACCUUGUUGCUUUGUGAAUAUGUAAAUAUGUGUUCUGAUCUGUACCCUUUAAUUAUGCGACUGUUGAGGGGAAGUGCUUCAUAAACAGACAAAAAACUGCCAAAUGUCACCAUUUUAAAAUCCUUUCAUCCAUUAAUUUUCUAAACGAUCUUGUCUUUUUAAGUCAAGCCCAACUCAAUGAUCUUAGUGGAUGGAAGAAUUGAACCAAUGUUGCAUCAGACUUGUAUAAUUUGUUGCCUUUUUUUACCUGUGUAAUUCCAGUUAUUGAGGGGAAGGGGAACUGUUUUGUAUAUAAUGUCCCAUUUUGUUGAAAGUACUAUAAUAUUUUCUUUUUGAAUUGAUCACAUACUGUUAGAAUUCAAAUGUUUGUAAAUAAUCACACCAUGUCAAAACGUAUUACCAGAUGUAUUUGUACAGAUGUUUAUCUGUUGUAAAUAGUAUUUUGGUUUACAUUGUAUGUCCAUUACAAUAUGAAACCAUGUCACUGUCUGUUAAAAGGGCAUUUUUACAUGUUAUUUAGAGUGUCCAUUCAUUACUUUUACCUUGAUUACAAGAUAUAGAGACUCUCAGACGGGAAGGUCUAAAACUGGUUCCCUAGCUAUAGUAUGUGACAUCUCGUGUUAACAAGGAAUUAAGUAAAUACAUAUGUCAGAUUAUCCUUCAAUAUCAUAAAAAACAUAUUCUUGGUACCAAAGUUUUGUCAUAUAUAUGUAUCACAAUUCUGAGAAUAUUUUCUUUUUUUUUUCUUUCGCAAAACCUUAAUAUUGUAUAAAACUCAUCAAGAUGUUAGAGUAUUAUUUUUUUGGUAUUAACAAGAGUUUGUUCUUGUAAUUGAAAUAGGGCAAUAAUGUUUUUAAUUAUUACCAUUCCCGACUUAAGGUUUAUUAACCUAUUUAGCAGCAGAAUUGUCACAAUUUUCCAUUGUUAUGAAAGGUAAUUAAGACCAGCCGGAGGUUAGAACAACAUCUUUCAAAAGUCUGACAGGGUCUCGUUGUAGUUCUGUAAUAUUUUUUGUUUCGCGCUAUUCCUAGUCGUAAAUAUAAGUGUCCGAAUACUUUAAUGUAUAGGGCUGUAUGAAGUUCAAUAGUUUUGUAUAUAGGUUUGCAUUUUGUUUGUAUAUAUACCUAAUGAUACAGAUGUCUUUAACCAUGGGUUACAUCUUAUCUGAACAUGCAUAUGCCAGGUAUAUAUUGAGAUCAGGUAUUUUGUAUUUAGAAUUUAUAGGUGGAACUUCACUUAUAAUGUAUGGUUUCAGCUAUACUUAAUGAUCCAAGACUAUGGGUACAUUUUUGUUUGAAUUCUACUAAAUGACCCUCCCUUGAGUUAAUAGUGAAUGAUAUUCAGGAGAAGAUGGGUGAAUUUUUGUGGUUGGAGUGUUACCAUGUUAGUUUAUGUCUGUUCCUAUUGAGCUAUUUUUUGAUUAUAUUUCUCUUCUCUGGUACUGUGUCUUUGCUUUCUGGUGAAAAUUGUCUCCGUUUUCAUCACAAGAUGCCAUAUUGUUUUUUUGUACAUUGUUUUAAAACCAAUCAUUCAUAAGAAUCUCUUCUCCAUACUGAUCGUUGUUCUAAUACUGGUCGAAGGAGGGACUUUAAUACAAGUUGUGUCUUAGAUUUUGAUUAAGGUAUUAUUUUUGUCUCAAUUAUUUCAGAAUGACUCCUGUAUUAGAUUCAUUUUGAAUGUGGGCUUUUGUUUGUCUCCAGUAUUGUAAUAUGCUUUUUUUUUUAAUUUUUUUUUUAAUGUAUUCCUGGUCUCUAUAAUAAACUUAGAGAGACCUGGCUGUUGUUAUACUGUAGAAAAUAUGCUUAAAAAGGGCAAUCCAUGUUUGAUGUUACUUUCGUUUCUAUCACAGAAAUUUCUCGCAUGAUCCUUUUGUGUCUCAGGGUAAAGAAAGACUGAGGAAAAUAAAAAAAAAUGUUUAAAUUAAGAAUAUUUAUACAGACAAAUAAUAUAAAAUAACACUACAUAGAUAAAACUAAUAUUUAAUGAAAACAAAUUAAUUGUAUUGAAAACGAAACACUCGGUCAUAAUUCAAUGAGUUUCACUGUAACCUUCUCUAGGUGUCUAGAAUUUGGUAAGGAAAUCGAUUAAUAAGACAUGAACUGACAAUUAGAUUUUUCUCAGAUUUUUCCAUUAAUUGAUCUGCAUGUAUCUUGUUGUAUAACAACUUGUAUGCUUAAAGGGGAAUUUAAACCUUAUCCAUUUGAAUUGCCUAACAAGGCCAACGUGGUGUAGGUAUUGCUUCAAUAUCAAUGUUUAGGGGUACGAUAUACUUAAUGUUUUGAAUGUUAAAUGUAUCCCCUCAUAUUCUACAAAUAAUCUUGUUCGAAAUAUAAACUUAAUAUAUAUA